GAUCGCAGAAAGUCUGAACUGCGGGAGGAGGACAUAGGCAGAUAUGGCUGAAUACCACCGUUGCCUUGAGUAAAAACCCACGUAGGUGCACUAUUUACAUCUGAUUACUUAACCGGAUUACAUGAAUUGGUUUCAACGGUUGCCGAAACGAAAAAAAAGGAAUAAUUUUGGGAUCUGUUUAUGGAUGUUCGCCCCGGGAUGUCCAGAUCUCGGGACUGAUCUGUCUCACUAAGUCUGCACCUGUGUAUACCGGGGUAGCAACUAUAGGAUGAGCUGCCCCAAAGCCUUUUCUGUGGGUGGGGAUUGACAAGUCAUUACAAAUACAGCAGAUGAUUUCUUGCUAAUAAAUGCCUCUUACUGUGAACGAGCUUGCCUCUCCACAGCCCUGACCUGCAGUUUGGCUUAGUGGUGUCACCUGCUUGUCUGCAUGGAUAAAAGUUUCAAGCUAUACUGUGGAACAUCUCAGACAAAGCAUCACCAGGGGAACAAGCAGUCAAUGCGGUCUUCCAGCGGCGCUCUUGUCCCGUACCAGCAGCAGCAUGUCCCGCGUCUCGUCCACCGCCAAACGAUACCCCGGCCCCUCCUCCUACACCUCCCACUACAGUUCAUACACCUCCUCCCUGGGCACCGGCCUUAGUUCCUAUAGCGACCGGGACAGGCUCUCCACCUACAAGUCCCCCUCUUCAUCUUCUUCCUCCUCUUCCGGAUACUCCUCUUCCAGCUACCUGAGCUCGGCCGCCCGCUCCCGAAACUACAGCUCCUCCUCGGACCCCGAGCGAGACCGAGGCCGGACUGUCCCGCGCAGUGACAUCCUCGGGACCAGCAGUAUCGGGAGUAGACGCAGCGAGAGUCUCAGUCGGACCCCCGUGAAAAGUUAUGCCGGGUCAGGGUUGAGUGGGGGGGCGGGCUACUCCUCCUACAGCUCCUACACUUCGUCCUCGGCCCACUCAAACUACCUCUCCUCUUCACCAGCGGCCUCCAGCAUCUCGCUCAGGCGUAAGUCAGUGUCCCAAAGUGAUCUAAGUCGAGACCUCGCCUCUCUGGGCAUCAGCGACCCCUCCUCUUCCUCUUCUUCCUCCUCCACCCCAACCUCAUCCGUCCUCCGGAGCUACCGCACCCGAAAUAGUGAUGUGUCCGACUCCUAUGGUUCUCGGUCGGGGUACGCAGGCCUGUCCCGCAGCUCUACUCAGGAGAUCCUCAGCAGCAGCAGCAGCAGAGCACUAAGCACCUCGUCGCCAUGGGAACCCAGCAGCAGUAAUGGCCGCUCCGAGUCGCCAUCCCGGGACACAUCGUCAACGAAUUCGAAGAGUGCCCAGGGCCUGGUUGGACUCAAGAACCUGGGAAACACGUGCUUCAUGAACAGUAUCCUGCAGUGUCUCAGUAACACACACAGCCUCCGAGACUACUGCCUGCACAACAGUCACCGCAGAGACCUUAACAACAACAGCCGCACCAACACCGCCCUCAUGGAAGAAUUUGCCAAGUUGAUACAGACGAUGUGGUCUUCAACCAGCAGCGAGGCAGUCAGCCCCUCUGAAUUCAAAACACAGAUUCAGAGAUAUGCGCCCAGAUUUGUGGGUUACAACCAACAGGACGCUCAGGAGUUCCUGCGGUUCCUUUUGGACGGUCUGCACAACGAGGUCAACAGGGUCACAGUCCGGCCGAGGGGCACAGUGGAGGACUUCGACCAUCUCCCAGACGAGGAGAAGGGCAAAAAGAUGUGGAGCAAAUACCUGGAAAGAGAAGACAGCAAAAUAGUUGACCUGUUCGUGGGUCAGCUGAAGAGCUCUCUAACCUGCAGUCACUGUGGGUUCUGCUCCACUGUGUUUGACCCCUUCUGGGACCUGUCUCUACCCAUCGCCAAGAAGGGCUACGGGGAGGUCAGCCUCAUGGACUGUAUGAGGCUCUUCACCAAAGAAGAUGUUCUGGAUGGAGACGAGAAGCCGACGUGUUACAGGUGUAAAACCAGGAGGAGAUGCACAAAGAAGUUCACAAUUCAGAAGUUCCCCAAGAUUUUAGUUCUUCACUUAAAGCGUUUUUCUGAAGCGCGAAGAACCAGCAAACUGUCCACUUUUGUAAAUUUUCCCAUGAAAGAUCUGGACCUCCGGGAGUUUUCUUCAGACAACAGCAUCAAUGCAGUGUACAAUUUGUAUGCAGUGUCCAACCACUCAGGCACCACUAUGGGGGGUCACUACACAGCCUACUGUCGCAACCCCAGCUCGGGAGAAUGGUACACCUUCAAUGACUCCAGAGUAACGCCAAUGUCCUCCAGCCAAGUGCGCAGCAGCGACGCCUACGUCCUGUUCUACGAGCUGACGUUGUCCUCGCGCAUGUGAGGCUGUGACGGGACACGCUCUGCUCCGACACUUAUGGACUGGGACAUUUAUUUCAACAAGCGCACACAUGAAGGCACACACUAGGGGGCCAUCUCCUGCUCCCCUCCCUGUUUGUAUGUGUGUCUUUGGGACGAGUGUGCCGUAAUAUGAAUGGGUGUGUAAACUAGUGUGCUUGGACAAGACACAGGGCAAUAAACGCAUCCAUCUCCAGUCCCUCUCUAUGCACUGCAAACUCCUUCUGACAACGCCUUCUUCGCUUCUGGUUUGCCUCGAUCAUUAAAACUGAUUUGUUGCAUUUUUUGGACUUUUUAAACUUUGAUUUUAUGUUAUGUUUUUUUUUGUUUUGUUUUUUUUGUUUUUUUGGAGGGCGGGGUUUAUUUGAGCUUAUUCACUAUUCAUUAUUAUCUUGUUGGAUGACAGUACACACUCCGGCCUCUGAUCUGUAUCGUAUUGAGUUCCCCUUCACGCGUGGCUGCUACUGAUGUUUUUAAAGUGCUGUGAACGAAUGAAUGGACGCUAUUAGGAUUAACAAUAUACGAUGACGCCUCAUUUUGUGUAUGAGGCCUUUUCUUCCUCUCGUCUCAUGCCAUUGAACAACAUGAUCGAAUGUUUUAAGACGAAAAAAAAAAAACACAUGAUAUCUGUAUAUUUUUAUAUCCUGAUGCAAUAUAGAGAAUGUACUAUUCAAUGGUGCUGAAAUGACCCAUAACUGUUUUCAGUUGGUUUCUUUACCAGGUUUCAAGAGAGACAAAAAUAUUAUUUAUGCUUCGAAGUGAUAAUGUGACACACUUUUUAAUAGUGGCCGUCAAACACAUGGAUAUAUAAAUAUAAAUAUAUAUGAAUAAAGUCAACAAACAGUGGUUUUACUUUUA